AUGGCAUCAAAAGAGCUAGAAAAGUCACCAAGCAACGAAAGCAUCUCAAAGCAGGCUAGUUCUGUUAUCUAUAGCUUACUUGACCACGAAAAAGCGGAGAGCAAAAAUCUUCCAGUUUGUCCCAAUCUUCUUCAUUACAAUGACAACUUUUUGGAAUGAAAAUACAGGCAAGCUUUAAUUUGUGAAAGUUACAGUUUCACAAAGCCUUCAGCUGAAUUCAAAAAUAAUUUGAUGAUUUUUUAUAUACCUUUUUUUUAUGAAUCUUAAAUAAAUAUCUUAAGCCUUUAUUUAUAAGAAAUAUAAGAGAUUUAGUAUAUCUUCAUAACAGCAUAUUUAGGCAUUUUACUCGCUACUUCAUUGCUGCUCUACCGAAAAGGCGAUUUGAAUUAUUAUCACCUAAUAUUCCACCUGCUAAAUCCCCCCUCUUCUGCCGAGCAAACAAAAUGGUUUAGCUCAUGGAAGGGUUAAUUUUUUUUUAAAUGAAAGCUAGAAAUUUCAUUAUAUUAUUUAUAAUUUAUAUAUCAAAAUAUUUUUCAUAAAAAUUUUAUUAAAAUAAAAUUUUUGUUAUAGAGUGAGAUUUUCCCCAAAAAAUAGGAUUUUUCUAAUGGUUUGACUCGUUGCCUCGAGGGGAAGUAUGCAUUUUGGCGUUGACAAUUAUUGCAUAUUCAAUACUGGUCCUAAUUUUAUUUUCGAGCUGAUCUUUGAUGAAUUAUAGACCUUUAUUAAUGAUUUUGAGCUUUGCUUUUCUUAUUUACCUUGUCAUCGGGGACGGAAAAGUUUUAUCAGAAAUUUUUUCUACGAGUUCUGAUUCAGAAAAUUGGCUGCCAUGCUCGGUGGGGAUAACCUGCUACAUUGUAAUGGUCAGAAAACCGCUCUUUGAGUGUUUUUAUUUGAUAGCUAUGUUGUCAAUCGCUAGCAUGGUGUUGUAUUUAGGCGCAAAUAUUACUCUAUCUACAAGCUCUUAUUAUUCAAUUUUUAGUGAGUUUACCCUUUUUUCGGUUUUUCUGUUUUUACAAAUUAUAGACGCGUAUCAGUUAGAAUACAGAUCCAGACAAAUUUUCCUGAGAAUGCAUAUGGAGGAACAAGACGGUAAGGCAAAAGUGGUUUUGGGGAGCGAAAAUGAAAAAGAAGCGAUAAAGACAGAAAUUGAGAUGAUUGUGAGGACGCUUGACAGCAUUAAAAGAGAAAUUCGAUAUGCUGGGAGGAUGAUUAUAUACAACGAUCUUAAAAAAAGACUCAAAUCCACUUGCUUAGAAAUCGAAAAAAUAAUCAGAAUUAUCGCCCACGGAAACUUUUUGAAUGUCAUUAAUAUCGCAAGAGAAAGAGACAUGGAUGAAGACGAUAAAACUUUUAUUGAGCAGAAUUUUAUGAGCCCUCAGCCAAACAACCCAAGAAUCCCUUCAUCGUUAAUGUCUAUUAGCGAAAUCAGUGAAAAGAAAAUUAAUUUUCCUUUUAUGAGCUAUGGCGUCCACGAGUUAGAAAGUGUCCUAGCGACAGUUGGGAAGAAUUGAAACUUUGACAUAUGGUUUGUUUAUAACUCGACUGGGCACAGCAUUUAUGUGAUUGCUAACUCCUCCCCCUCGAAGUUCGACCAAGAUAUAGGGAAAAUUCCUAUUUUUUUGGAAAAUUAACCCCCCUCAAAGUUUGACCAAGACCUAUAUAAAUUUACUAGGAAAUAAGCAAUUUUUUCAAAAAUUUUAAUCUAUGUGGGGGUGAGCUUGCGAUUUUUGUAUUCAAGUUCUAAAAAAGUGUUACAAAACCAUCUUGCACUAUUUUUUCUAACCCUUACACCCUCUCAACCAUACAGAAGAAUAUGAUAAAUAUUUUUUUUUUUUUUUAACUACUAAAUUAUAUAAAAAAAAAUUCUAUAUAAUUUUUUUUAAAAAAAUUUUUCUUAACCCCCUUCGAAGUUCGACCAAAAAAAUGUUGGUCGAACUUCGAGGGGGGGAGUAAAUAUUUAUUAAAGAAAUGGAGCCUCAAUGAUUCUUUUAAAAUUCCUGAUCUGGUCAUUGACCGAUAUUUCCAGACCUUAGAAAAGGUAAUAAAUAUUUAGAGUUAUUAUAAAAACCCUUAUCAUAAUGCCUGCCAUGCUGCUGACGUAUUACACACAGUUCUGUUCUUUUAUCAUCAUGGGGAUUUAUUGAAAUCCCUAAGUCCUCUUGAUCUGCUAUCCUCAAUAGUUGCUGCCUUAGGGCAUGAUGUAGGACACCAAGCUCUUAAUAACAGAUUUUUGGUAAAUAAUCGAGACGAAAUUGCUCUGAUUUAUAAUGACAGCAGCGUGCUAGAAAAUAUGCAUUGCUCUAAAACCUACCAAAUCAUGAACAAACCAGAUUGCAACUUAUUUGGAAGUUUGACUCCAGAAGAUUGGGUUAAGUCCAGAAAAUUAAUCGUGGAAAUGAUCCUAGAAACUGACAUGUCCAAGCAUUUUGAAAUUCUCGGAAGGUUCAAGAUCAGAGCUUAUUCUUUGUCAGAUUUCAAUAUAAAUAACCAAGACGACAAAGUCCAGCUUUUGUCAAUGGGUCUAAAAUGUGCUGACAUCGGUCACAGUGCCAAAGCUACCGAUUUACAUGAAAAAUGAACUAAACUUGUAUGUGAAGAAUUUUUCAACCAAGGAGAUAUAGAAAAAGCCAAGCAUCAACCAGUAUCUAUGUUUUGUGAUAGAGAUACAACUGAUAUCCCUAAAAGUCAAGCUGGAUUUUUAAAAAAUAUUUGUAUUCCUCUAUUUGAAGCAUGGUGUCACUAUCUUCGCUCAGACUCGAUAAACUUGCUUGUCCUUGAGCAGAUCAAGCGAAAUCACCAGAGCUGGGAAGCCAAAUCCCAGACCAGAAGGGCAACUAUGGGCGUUUGCGACUCCUUAGUCAAAGAAUUCGAGAAAACCAAGCGAAGCAGCGUAGCUUCGAGUGAUGGCACAAAGCUGCACACUUCUGAGUUUUAA